AUGGCUAAUCUCUACACCUUUCCCACCCGCGACUGGGUUCUGGAAGGCCUGGUCAAGCAAAUCAUGGGCUUCAGCCGCUCCUUCGACAACUUCAUCCGUGAGGGCGGAGCAAACAUGGACGAGCCAUUCUACUUCUGCGAGGUCUGCAAAGAAACGAAGAACACCGCUUUCAAUGGCCUGGCUAUGGUCGAGCACCUGUGGUAUCAUCAUGAAGAACUUUUCGACGACUUCGAGUGCGAGAAUGCUUUACGAUACCAUUAUCAGGAAACGAACGUGUCGCUCUGA